AUGCAUCGACUUUUUGCUGAGCUGGAGCCAUCUGUAACCGUCACCGAGCAAAACCUGGCAGACCGAGUUCGGUAUAUCUUGCGCUCAAAUAUAUUUGAUGUCACCGAACUCGAACGGCUACGACGUGAGGCUGUUCCUUCAUCGGGUGAGAAUGCUGCGGCUGAGGAUGCGGCGCCACAACUUGCCGAGCAACCGGCAAAUGUGGAUGCCGCCGUGAAUGCGCCAGUUGUGGUUGAUUCAAACGAUGAUGGAACAUUCGCCCAGGAACUGGAACUAGAGCAAAUGAGGAGUACAUUGGAAGAGGCGAUUGUGGAAACGCGCAGUACGACUCUCGAAAAUCGACCGCGACUUCCCCGCUUAGCCCUAAGCAAGCGGAAUCGGGCUGUCGUGAGGGCUCUGAACCCAAUGCUGGUUACCUAUUUGGAAGCCAGCCGGGACCUUUGCGAGACGGACUCAAUUCUUUUUGGCGCCGCGCUGGCAGUCUGCCGUAUUAUAGGCGCCAAGCUUUCCACGGCUGGACGCGCUACUGGACAAAGUAGCGCUAUCCCAGCCUGGAGAAGAAGAAUUGAAGAACGUAUCGCAAAGGCUAGGGCCCUCAUCGGCAGACUGAUAUGCUUCAGGUCAGGCAAUACCAGGCCAAGGAUUGUGCGCACCGUCAGGAUGGCGUUUGCUGGGACAAAUGUUAGUUUGUCCCAGCCGGAUAUAAUGCAAAAACUGACGGAGCGCAUAGACGACCUGAAGCAAAGAAUCGCUGCUUGGGGAAAGCGGAUUCGGCGAUAUACCGAGAGGUCGACACGGUUCAACCAGAAUCGUCUCUUCCAGAGUGAUCAGAAGAGGCUGUAUAAAUCAUUGGAGCGACCAAUGGUAAGUGGAACGGGCCCUGCACCAAAUCAGGCCGACAUUGUCGCAUUCUGGCGCAGCCUGUGGUCAGAGCCCGUAAACCACAACGAGGGCCCUUGGACGGAAGUUGUGGCGAGUCAGUGUGCGAGUAUUACGCCCAUGGACCCCGUCAUCAUAACGCCGGAUGACGUAGCUGAGGCGGUCCGUAGGGCCCCGAACUGGAAAAGUCCGGGGCUUGACGGGCUGCAUCACUACUGGCUGAAGGGGUUCAUGGUACCCAGACAAUACAAAAUUGCAGCAAAUAUUGUAAAGAAAGUUUCAACUGAAGGCGGCAGCGUUAAAACUUUAUUAUACGAUAACAAACUCCGUCACUUUAGGACUAAUGUGCUAUUCGCACUAAUAACAGAAACUAUAAAACAUACUGCACAUAUCGAUAAAAUUUUUGAAAGUUCUUGUCUUCUGACGAAGGAAUCACGUUUAGACCCAUGGCUGGCAAAAGUUUUGACAGCAGAACUACUGUUUGGCAAAAAGACUUUACCUGGAAAAAGUAAACCAGAACAAACAAUACUAUCUUACAAAGAGCACUUUGAAAAAUUAACAGCCGAACAUGAAGGUGACAUGAAGAUUGAAGUUGUUCGCAGACCCCGCUACGUACGUAUAAACACAAACCUCUUAACCACAUCAGACGCAAUACGAGCCUUCCAAGAUGAAGGAUACCACUUUAUAAGGUGCACAUCGGGAUCAUACACUGACUACCUCAGUCAAAUUCAGAGCCUCACCGAUAACGAUUUUACACAGGAUUACCAUGUCAAAACUGUGUUCGUUUUCGCCCCUGCGACGAAAUUACAUGAACAUGAGCUGUAUUUGGAAAAUAAGAUUAUUUUACAGGAUAAGGCAACAGCAAUGGCGGUUCAUUUGUUGGCGCCACCGCCUGGCAGCACGGUACUGGAUAUGUGCGCAGCACCAGGCAUGAAGACAACGCAACUUGCUGCUUAUAUGAGAAAUGAGGGUAAAAUCUACGCCGUGGAGAGAAAUGAGGAACGUUAUCAGACAUUGUGUGACUUCGUAGAGAGAACCGGCUCAAAGUGCGUGGAGACAUUGCACAAGGAUUCUUUAGAUAUAAAAAGAGGAGACUACGAUGAUGUGGAGUAUAUCCUUCUGGACCCUAGUUGUUCUGGGUCAGGAAUGGAGCUUAGUGUACACAACUAUAUUGAGGAUAUUCGAUUAGCCAAGCUAACAUCACUCCAAGAAAAAUUUCUCAAACACGCCAUGAAUUCCUUUCCUAAAGCAAAGAGAAUAGUUUACAGUACUUGCUCUUUAUUUCCGGAGGAGAAUGAAAGAGUCAUCACAAACAUAGUGAAAACCUCAAGAGCCAAAUGGAGAGUACAAGACGUAAAAGAAUUGUUAAAAGGGCAAUGGAAUAACUUUGGGUCGGGAAUGUAUGGUAGCAUAGGUACAAGAUGUAUAUAUGCCAAACCUGAUUCCGAUUUUACAACUGGAUUCUUUUUGGCUGUACUGGAUCGAGACCAGAAAGAUUUGGAAAAGAAAAAAAAAGAUGAAAAUAAUGCAAUAAAUGGUGAAGAAAAGUUUACGAAAAAUGUAACUAAUGGAAAAUAUAUAUCCAAUGAUAGUAAUGAUGAUGUAAAAACCAAAAAAAUUAAAUUUUAUGAGCAAACAGUUUUACACAAUCAAACUGAAGACGAAAAUUCAACUACACUGAGAUAUAAAAAGAAGAAAAAGAAAGCAGACGAUAAUUCGAGAGAUGGAAAAUACAAUAACGGAAGCUUUAAAACAAAUGUCGAAGAUAUAGCUGGUAAAGAAAUAAUCGAUGUAAAUAAAAGUAAUGCUAAAAAGUCGAAAAAAAUACAGCAGUGUGAAAUCUCAGAAAGCUUAAAGUCUGAAGAGACUCAAAACUCAACUAUAGUUGUUGAUGAAUCGGUUAUUUUGGAUGCAGAAACAAGUAAUAGACAGAAACGGAAGAAAAACAAAUUAAAAGUAGCAGAUGAAAAUUGUUUUUUUGAUAUAAACUCCGACAUCUAUGUCGAUAAUAAAGCAAGUGAAGAAAUAAAUGACGAAAAUAAAAGUAAUGGUAAAAAGUCGAGAAAAAUAAAGCACUUUAAAAUCUCAGAAAACUUUGAACCUGAAGAGACUCAAAACUCGACCAUGGAUGUUGAAGAAUCAAUCAAUUUGGACGCAAAAACAAGUAAUAGAAAGAAAAAGAAGAAAAAUAAAUCGAAAGCAGCGGACGAUAAUUACUUUGAUAGUAGAAACUCCGACAUGCAUGUCGAAAAUAAAGCAAGUGAAGAAAUAAAUGACGAAAAUGAAAGUAAAGCUAAGAAAUCGAAAAAAAUAAAGCAUUGUGAUAUAUCAGGAGACUUAAAACCUGAAGAGAUUCAAAACUCAACUGUUAAUGUUGAGGAAUCAGUUAUUAUGGACUUAGAAACAAAUGAUAGAAAGAAAAAGAAGAAAAGGAAAUCGAAAGCAGUAGACGAUAAUGUUGAAAAUAGAAGCAAUGAAGAAAUAAUUGAUGAAAAUAAAAAUAAUACCAAAAAAUCGAAAAAACCUGAUGAGACAAAAAACACAACUAUUAACGUAGAUGAAUUAGUUAAUGUGGACACAGACGCGAUUAAUAAAAAGAAAAAAAGAAAAAAGGUGAAAGAAAAGAUGGGGAAAAUUUAG